AACUCUCUCCACAAAUCCCAUUUCUCCUAAUCUCGCUCUUCACCUUCCAUUCUUAUGUACCAAAACCUUCAUCGUGAGUGAUCCAGAAAAACAGAACAACCAAACUUAUUUACUAUAAAAUUCCCACCCUCCUGCCUCCUACACUUACUCUCACCCUUUAUCUAUUUUUCUUCUAAACCCCCUUUCUCAUCGCGGCGCAAUACGCACAAUGCCACAAUACUGCUCGGUAUCCUGAGCAAAGGGGCAGUAUUGCUUGGCGUUUUAAAUUAGGAAUAAGCACAGAGUAAUAAUCGAUUGCUCUGUUUCUGAGUAGCUGGGUGGAGUAAAUUGUUUUUAAAAAUAGUAAUAAUGGCGGGGGUGGCGAUUAAUGAGGUUGAGUUGAUGAUGCCGGAGCUCCGGGGGCCGGGAGGGGACGUGGCGGCGCAGAUGAGGCUGAUGUGGGAUUUGGUGAAGGCGCCGCUGAUCGUUCCGGCGCUCAGGCUGGCCGUGUAUGUGUGCUUGGCUAUGUCUCUGAUGCUUUUCGUGGAGAGGCUUUAUAUGGGGAUUGUGAUCAUUCUGGUCAAGAUUUUCUGCGGAAAGCCGGAGAAAAGGUACAAAUGGGAGCCGAUGCGUGAGGAUUACGAGAUUGGCACUUCUGUUUUCCCUUCCGUCCUCAUUCAGAUCCCCAUGUUUAAUGAAAAAGAGGUCUACAAGAUCUCCAUUGGAGCUGUUUGUAACUUUGCCUGGCCAUCCGACCGUCUUGUGGUUCAAGUUCUUGAUGAUUCUACUGAUGUUAACAUCAAGGAGAUGGUGGAACAAGAAUGUGUAAGGUGGGCAAGCAAGGGAAUUAACAUCAGAUACCAAACUAGGAUAACUAGAGGUGGUUAUAAGGCUGGAGCCCUUAAGGAAGGAUUGACGCAUGAUUAUGUCCAAGAUUGUGAAUAUGUAGCUAUUUUCGAUGCUGAUUUUAGGCCCGAACCAGAUUUUCUCCUACGAUCUAUUCCUUUUCUGAUUCACAAUCCCGAAAUUGCCCUCAUUCAAGCUCGUUGGCGUUUUGUGAAUGCGGAUGAGUGUUUGUUGACAAGAAUGCAAGAAAUGUCUUUGGAUUACCAUUUCAAAGUGGAGCAAGAAGUGGGUUCCUCUACUCAUGCUUUCUUUGGCUUCAAUGGGACGGGUGGCAUAUGGAGGAUUGCUGCUAUCAAUGAGGCUGGAGGCUGGAAAGACAGAACUACAGUUGAAGAUAUGGAUCUUGCUGUCCGAGCUGGUCUUAAGGGCUGGAAAUUCCUCUACCUUGGAGAUCUCCAUGUAAAAAGUGAACUCCCAAGUACUUUCAAGGCCUUCCGUUUCCAACAACAUCGUUGGUCUUGUGGCCCUGCCAAUUUGUUUAGAAAAAUGUUCAUUGAAAUUGUUAGAAAUAAGAGAGUGAACGUGUGGAAGAAGGUGUACGUGAUCUACAGCUUCUUCCUUGUUCGGAAGAUCACAGCUCACAUGGUGACUUUCUUCUUCUACUGCGUCGUUCUCCCUUUAACCAUCUUAGUGCCGGAAGUAGACGUCCCGAAAUGGGGAGCCAUUUACAUUCCCUGCAUCGUCACAAUCCUCAACUCGGUGGGAACUCCUAGGUCGAUCCAUUUGUUGUUUUACUGGAUCUUGUUCGAGAACGUGAUGUCCUUCCACCGCACCAAGGCCACCAUCAUCGGUCUACUCGAAUUCAAGCGAGCCAAUGAAUGGGUCGUCACUGAAAAACUCGGAGACGCCAUCAACAACAACAACAACAAAAACAAACCCAACGCCGCCAAACCUGCGCCAAAGAAGAAGUCUAUAUUCAGAGACAGGAUUUUGCCUCAGGAGUUGGGAUUUGCAGUUUUCUUGCUCUUCUGUGGAGUGUAUGACUUUUUGUAUGGGAAGAACCAUUACUAUAUAUACCUCUUCCUCCAAGUCAUAACCUUUACGAUUGCAGGAGUGGGCUACCUCGGCACUAUUGUCCCGUCUUAAUUGGUUACGUUUUUUUUUUUUUAGUACGUAGAAGAUUUAAUUUAAUUUAAUGGGAAGUUGGAGCAGGACCAUUCAGAAGUGUACAUAUAUAUUUAGUGAAGACGGACAAUGAAUGAAUCAGGGUUUUCUUA